ACUAUGUCGCCAUUAUCAUGAAAAGUCGCCUCGUGCAAGGUUGUUGCCGCAUCGUCUUACAUUGGGGAUUGAGCUUUUGAUCCGCAUGCAUCGGUAAUGGUUUCAUCACAUGAUGGUACUCCUGACAUUCUCAGCACACCACCUUCUGGUUCUAAUGAAGAAAAAGUUCCAGCUAAUCUUUCAAAGACAGCACUAGCGCUACGGAAUCAACUUGCUAGUCUCCCAGCUAAUAAUGCUAUCGAAUUCUUGGCAAAUGUUCGUAAGGUUGCUCGCGAGAUAGACAUUGAAGCCAAUGUUGUCUCUGAAGAGUUGGCCGUCAUCGAGGAAUCCUAUCCACGAAUUCUUUCUACGCUCCAAGGAUUCAAGCGAGAUCUGCUACUUAUGAGGGAGGAAGUGUGCAAUACCCGUAGUCAGUAUGAAAGUUUUGUCAAGACAUUCAUGGGACUUUUGCAGAAGCAUUACCCUGAACUGAUUCCACAACUGCACGCAUUGUCACGAAAACAAGUCCAGUUGAAGAGGCUCAAAUGGGUGACUCGUGGCCGGGAACUGUUAUCAUCAUGUCGAGAAGCAAUGAAGGAUCCUCAGUGCGACUGGUCGAAAUUGAAAGAACAAUUUCGUUGUGCUUGCUUGCAUGCCCAAGAAAUUGGAAAGGAAGAGCAAAAUGACAAUUCGAGGAUCACCUACAUUGAUGGACUGAACGCUCUGGCACCAGAUCUGAAAGAGUUGUCUGCGAAGAGAGCAAGGAAUAUAUUGGACAACCUGAAAUAUCCGUUUGAAGAUUCUACAGACAUCCGAGUGUUCAUGAAUGAAGCCAACACACUUGCGAAUAUCUUGAGUUUAAUCUAUUCUAUCACCGAAUUUAUGGAGCAGAAUACUGGAUAUGAUGAAGCGUGUCGGGUGCUCUUAGAACCCAUCGGAACCAGAUUUGCCUUCCAUUUUUAUGGCGAUAGGAAGACGAAUGACAUAAAGAAGCCGCAGUGGUAUCUGAGUCAAACACUCAACUGGAUACAAGUCAAUCUGCCAUUUUUCGAAGCGGUACAGGGCAAGAUGAUCAAAGAGCUUAGCCUGUCUCGUUCACCCACGUCUGUGUUCAUGAAAUACUUAUCUGAGCUGCCCAUAUCAAAAACGAAGUCGCUGCUGAGGCAAGAGAAGGUGUUGAGUGACGUGCUGCUGUUCUCAAAUCUUGUUGAUGAGUGCAUCCUAUAUGAAACGCAACUGCGGGCUAUGGAUCCUGACGGGUAUUCUUCCAAUAUACUUUCGCUUUUUUGUGACCGUAAUGUACUGGACCGAUGGAUAGAGAUAGAGAAUGAAUGCUGUGUGGAUCGUAUGGAUGAGAUCUUGUCUGCACCUGAUCGAUGGCAAAAUCGAUUUCGAUCAAUGGAAGACGCAGACGAGUUUCUCGUGUGUAACUGUGCCGACUCCUUCGUGUCAAUGCUGCAGUCACAACAAAGUCGCGCAAGGUUGCUACCAGACGACAUAGCGCAGAAACGAUUCCUCGAUCUGCAGCUGCUACUCACCGAUGAUUUCCGUACUCGACUAGCUCAGAUUGCUAGGCAAUCUGAAUCGCCUUGGAGUGAACCCUUUCCGAACGUGAUGAAUGCCAUUUGGUAUCUAACGCAUGUUGUGGAAGAGUGGAGCGAUUCAUGCUUGCUAAGUGGUAUCACCGCUACCGAGGGACGCGCUGUGUUUGACGAAUCUUCAGCGAUGUUCAAGCAUGUUUGGAACCAGAUGGCCGAAGACGUGGUUAUGUCACUCAAAGUACAAAUAACGCACAUGCUGAAGCCUUACCAGCAGCAUUUUUGGUGUGCAAUGGAACCACGUCUUGGAAACGCAUCGCGUGACAUAACUGACCAAUUCUGUCCCGUACUGAUGAAAAUUCGCACCAUAUUUGCUAGUACCGGCGCGCGAAUAUCUAAAGCAUCGCUUGAAGAGUUGUUCAAACGUAUGUCUGCUACUGUCGCAACUGUUAUUCUUGAGGAAAUAGUUGAUGUGACACCAUUUAGUGCCGAAGGUGCGAGUCAAAUGCUUUUCGACAUGGAGAGUGGACUCAUACCCGUACUGAGCCAUAUCUUUACCAGAUCGGGUGUGACUCCAAAUAUGUACUACGAUGAGGCUUUUACUACACUGCUCGGAUCGCUCAAGCUGUUGUCCAUGUCUUGGGCUGUCGUGACAUUGCUGAAGGAAGAAAUUGACCAGCUCCCUGAGGAAGUGGCUGAUGAAAAGCUUUUCGAAAUGAAAAUUUACGGCGUUGACAAAGCAAGAGCUAAGAAUCUCAUCCGUCUCAGAAGCGACAUAGACAAGCGAGCGGAAAGUCCAUAUAGCCGUAGCAAUAUUCUGUAGCCAUUAUCUAACAGAUCCUUUCACUUUCUCUGUCCCACCAAUGAGUUUGUAAAUCUGAGAGACGAGCUGCCGGUUUAUAUCUCUACUCAAUUAGUGAUUAUAUCAAGUGAUAUCAGUUAUUCAACUUUCGAAACCGUGACCAUAGUACCUUACACAUUAUCUGUAUACCUUGAUCAUUGAGAUAUUUGUUGCAAGUUUGUUGUUGCUGCUUGUUAUAGAUUUCUAUGGGUGCAUAAAUAGUGUUGAUAAAGAUCAGUGUUGUA